AAACUCUUCCUUUCAUGGCCAACGGAAGCAUCUACGACAAUAACUCCCGUCACACCGUGAGGAACGUCCAUGGAAUCGUGUGCGCGCUCUCGUGGGGGAUCUUGAUCCCGCUGGUGAUCCGCUGGUAUGGAUUCGUGACGCGCCUCCAGGUCCAGGGGAGGCACCUCAAGCUCUUCUACGCCGUGAGGAUCAUCGCCUACACGCUGGGCUUUGGCGGCACGAUCGUCGGCCUGUGGCUCGCCGGCGACGCGGGAGAGAUUGGAAACAAGGCGCACUUUAGCAUCGCGAUCGCGCUGCUGGUGCUGGGAGGGAUAGGGGCGAUCGGAUUCCAGUGCUACUGCUGCUGCCCGGUGGAUGGAGUGGCGUGGGCGGUGAUGAUCAUGGGGAUCGUCAAUGUUUUCAAGGGAUUCGACAUGCUGGAUCCUCCGCGCGGCUAUAGGAUUGCGUACACCGUUGUGCUAUCGCUGGGAUGCGUUGCUGGGGUCGCCGCGGAGAUUCUCAUGUGUGUGCUGCGUCCCUUCCAGAGUGGCUACAUUCACCGCCAGGAGAGCGCUACGUUCACCACAUCCUACGGAGUCUAGAGAAGGAAUUAGCGAAUUCUUGGAGGAAUUGAGCGAUUCCAAUCCAAUUCCCCUGUUC